AUGGAACUGACCUGGUACUCAUUAAUCGCACUUCUGCCUGCGCUGAGUGCGGCUCUCUCGCCAAUCCUUUACGACAGCUAUAGUUUCGAUCCCCUUCAACAUUUAGCUGGCAUUGCUCCAUAUUUCGAGCCGAAUGAUCCUCCCAGAAGUCAAAGCCCUCCCGAUGGCUGUCAAGUCACAAAAGCAGCGUACUUGGUCCGGCACGCUGCCAUCAAUGCAAACGACUUCGACUACGAGACGUAUAUCAGUCUUUUUCUCGCAAAGCUGAAGAACCAUACCAACAUCGAUUGGAGCAAUCUACCUUCUCUUGCAUUCCUCUCAAGCUGGAUAGCCCCGUCUUUCGCGGAACAAGAACAUCUCACAAGAGUUGGAAAAUUGGAAGCAGCACAGCUCGGCGUCCAAGUGUCGUUCCGAUACCCAAAUCUCCGAUCACCCCAAGCCGUAUGGUCCUCCACCGCCGAGCGAACGGUCGUGUCGGCCGAGUCCUUUAUCCGUGGAUACGAGACCUCCGAUAACAACAUCACCUUGGUGCAGAUCUAUGAAAAUGAAGAAGGGGGAGCUAACACCCUUACACCCUACGAUAGCUGUCCAGCCUAUUCCUCUUCUGCUGGCAGCACGCAGUCCCAGCAAUAUCUGUCCAGAUGGGCGACGCCAUAUCUAAAUCGACUGAACCAGGCUUUUUCUGGGUUCAACUUCUCUUCCACGGAUAUCAUUGGGAUGAUGGAACUUUGCGGAUACGAGACUGUCAUCCGAGGGUCGUCUCCGUUUUGCUCGCUGGACGUGUUCCCAGCCGACGCUUGGUUGAGCUUUGAGUACACCAACGACAUCAUGUACUUUUACAACACCGGCUAUGGCCAGCCAGUGAGCGGUUACAUCGGAUUUCCUUGGAUGAAUGCGACACUGGAUUUGCUUGCCUCCGACGACGGGCAGAACUCGCAGGACAUCUACGUCAGCUUCACUCAUAGAGAACUUCCACCAACAGUUUUGGUCGCAAUGGGCCUCUUCAACAACUCGGACUUCAUUGGCGGCAACCCGAACAGCAGCAUGCCUCUGGACCGCAUCAAUUUCAAUCGCGCUUGGGUGUCGUCAAAUAUCCUGCCAUUUCUCACAAACAUCGCCAUUGAACGGAUGAAUUGUUCGGCUAGGUCGAGCACCUUCGGUGACGGUGGGAAUUCAACCUACUAUCGCGUGCUGGUGAACGACUCCCCUCAAACGUUACCGGGCUGUUAUGACGGACCAGAUGAAAGCUGCAGCUCAGAGGGACUAUCAGACUGGCUAGCAUCCAGAGCUGCCAUGUUCGGCGGAUACUCCAAUGCUUGUAAUACCAGCUCCGAUUACAGUAACUCGACAGACUUUGUGACUUUCUAUCAGACCGAUGGGAACGGCAGUUUUGUUGGAUGA